AUGAACGCCCUCAUCAGCACCCUCCUCGUCGCCUCCCUGCAGCUCAGCCGCGUCUACGCCGCGACCGCCGAACAAUGGCGCGGCCGCUCCAUCUACCAGGUCAUCACGGACCGCUACGCGCUCCCCGCCGGCGCGGACACGACCGCCUGCGACCCCGGCAAGCAGACCUGGUGCGGCGGCACCUGGAACACGAUCAAGGACAACCUCGACUACAUCCAAGACGCCGGCUUCACCGCCAUCUGGAUCAGCCCGACCUCCCAAAACUACGAAGGGCCGCGGACCGCCUACGGCGACGCCUACCACGGCUACUGGAUCGCCGACAUCACCCAGCUCAACCCCCGCUACGGCACCUCGUCCGACCUCCUCGCGCUCUCCAAAGCCGUCCACGCCCGGGGCAUGUACCUCAUGGUCGACGUCGUCGUCAACAACGUCAUGUCCACCACGAUCAACGUGACCGACUGGUCCCCGUACCUCUUCAAAGACGCGUCCUACUACCACCCUUACUGCCCCGUCGACUUUAGCAACCUCACGAGCGAGCAGGACUGCUGGCUCGGCGACGACAAGGUCCCCCUCCCCGACGUGAACACGGCCGACCCCGCCGUCCAGGAGGCCUACGGCGACUGGGUCCAGGGCUUCGUCCAGCAGUACCAGGUCGACGGCCUGCGCAUCGACGCCGCCAAGCACGUCAACAUGGACUUUUGGCCGGGCUUUUGCGGCAAGGCCGGCGUGUUCUGCAUCGGCGAGGUGUUCGACGGCGACGUGCCCUCGGCCGCGGCGUGGCAGGGCCCGCAGGCGAUGGACUCGAUCCUCAACUACCCGACCUACACCGCCCUCGUCGACGCCUUCGCCAUCCCCGGCCCGAACAACGUCUCCGCCCUCGUCGACGUCAUCACCCAGAGCAAGGCCCUGUUCAAGGACCCGGGGCUGCUCGGCAAUUUCUUGGGAAACCAGGAUCUGCCGCGCUGGCAUAACAUCUCGGUCGACCCGCAGACGCUCUACAACGCCAUGACGUUCAACUUCAUGUCCGACGGGAUCCCGAUCGUGUACUACGGCCAGGAACAGUCCUUCAGCGGCAUCGGCGACCCGUGGAACCGCGAGCCGCUCUGGACGUCGGGCUACGCGCAGAGCGACGCCUACAAGUUCAUCCAGUCCCUCAACCAGUUCCGCAACUUCCUCGUCAACUCGUCCUCGUCGAGCGACUGGCUGCACCAGCCGCUCCAGCUGCUGACGACGACCGGCCAGGGGCUCUCCUUCCUCAAGGGCGACGUCGUCACCGUGCUCACCACCGUCGGCAGCCCCCCGUCGAACGCGACCACGCCCGUCUACACCCCCUUUGACCACUUCACCGCCCUCACCGAGGUGUUGACGUGCCAGCAGUUCGUGGUCGGCAGCAACGGCACCGUCGUCGUCAACUACGCGCUGGGCGGCCGGCCCACGAUCCUCGUCCCGACGCAGACGCUCAAGGGCUCGGGCAUCUGCGGCGCCACGAACGCGUCCGCGGGCACCCCGGCGCGCCCGCUGAGCGUCGCGUCCGUCGCGUGGUCGCUGGCGCUCGCCACGGCCGCGCUCGCGCUCUCCGCCCAGUGGUAG